AGGUGAGAAUAUAUAAAAUGCUUUUCUGACUGGCUUAAGUCAUCGGCUGGCUUCUUCGUAGAGGAACAAAGGAGUUUUAGGUUGACCUAGUUCGAUUUUAGCCCUAAGCUCUUUUCAUGGAAGAAGAAAAUAGGUAGAUGCAUCAACGCUUGGGAACAUUGAUUUGUUAACAAAUUUAAAAUAUUUUUUCAAAUAUAAGUUGAUUUUUAUAUUUUUUUUAUAAUGUGCGUUUUUUACACAAUUUUUAGAAAUUUGAACAAUUUUUCAUUCAAAAAUUUCAAUUGCAAAAUUUGUUUGAAAGUUCAUUGUCCCAGCAGCUAUGUCGAUGCGCCUGGCUGUAUUUUUUGCCAUGGCUCCUUUUUUAUUUACCGAUGAAGCCAGCCAAAAAAAAAAUUUAUGUAUUCUCAACUUUAGACAUAUAGGCUAUGUGCAAGCAAGAGUAUAGCACAGGCCAAAUUAAGUUUAAGGUCGUGGGUCUCUAUAUAGACGAGCUGACGGACUAUAAAGCUUAUAAAUGGAAAAGCUAAUGGGGCUAUUUUAUAUACUUAUAUAUUUCUAUCACUUUAAACAAAUAAUCAACAAAAUUGUAGACUGUAUUAGACGUUAUGCAACCUAACAUUUAAUUAAAACCCGAAAUCUGUUUAUGCAAUAAAAAGUAAUUAAUCUAAGAUGUAGAUGUAGAUAUUUAUAUGAAGCGUUUCAUUAUAAAUUGUCCAGUUUAUAUGAUAUAGAUUCUAUUUUUUCUUAAAAGAAAACACUAACAGAGAGUCAUCGAAGCUCAAAACGAACGUGUCACGUGUCAUCGAUAAAACCACAACUUCAAGCUAAACACAGCCGUAUCCUUUUUGAUGUUGUGUUAUUGAUAACGCAUAACGAGUUUAUUCUGCUUUGACCUUAAAUACCAUAUCAGAAUGAGCGCUUUGCAUGUUAUCAAUAAAAUAAAUAGGAACACGGCAUUAUCGACUCCGAAAAUCCAUUUUAGGUACUUCUCUCAAAUAUCUGAGUCGAUAAGACCGCCUAUUCAUGGUUCAUACGACUAUAGCAGAAUGAAUGUGUCACGCUUUACCAAAGGCGCUUUUGUUGUUCCAUGACCCUCAUGGCCAUUAGAGUAUUCGAUAUAACCACAAUACAUGGUAGAAGAAUAUAGGUAGACGCAUCGACACAGCUGCUGAGACAAUGAACUGUUAAAAUACAUUUUGGAAUUGAAAAUGUUGAAUGAAAAAUUAUUUAAAUUUGUAACUAUUUUUGAAAAACACAAAUUAUAACGUGAAUGUAUCACUGUUGGUGAAUUGUAGGAGUCCUAGGCUGACUUAGUUCGAUUUUAGACCUAUGCUCCUUUGUUCUUUUCCGAAAAAGCCAGCCGAUGACUUAAGCAAGUCAAAAAAGCGUUUAAUGUAUUCUCACCAUAAUUUCACAUAUUUUUUAUUAUCAAUAUUUAUUGCCGUGUGAAUGUCAAAAUUGCCUUUUUACAAAUGACUCAAAAUCGUACCACAGAUGGAUUUUGACAGCAAAUUUUGUUUUAUAUAUUUUCACACAACCAUGGUAGAAUUAAGAAGGUAACCUUAAAUUACUUUUAUAUUUAAGAAAUCCACUCGAUCUUUAAUGUCAAUUCCAAAGCGUAUACGUCAAAUAAAAGCCAGCGGAUUUAUGAAUACGAUUUACGUGACGUAUACGCUAUGGAACUGAAGGUGAGAGUACAUAAAACGUUUUUUUGACUGGCUUAAGUCAUCGACUGCCUUCUUCGUAGAGGAACAAACGAGUUUUAGGUUGAUUUAGUUCGAUUUUGGCCCUACUCUUUGUUCUUUUCCGAAGAAACCAGCCGAUGACUUAAGCAAGUCAAAAUAGCGUUUUAUAUAUUUUCACCUUUACAUUUGACAUAGAGCGGAUGUAGUAGUCUAUAUGUGCUAUUAGCUUUAUUAAUUUUUAUUUCCAAGACGAAUGGAAAAAAGUUGCUCUUCAUAAAACGUAAUAAGUCAAUUUUUUGUGGAAUGUCUCAUAUGUUUGUAUUUAAGUCAUUUAAUCAUCCUAAGAAUCCAUUAACGAAUAUCAACCAGGUUUUUAAUUUAUUGCAUUCCUUUUUCAACCAUAGCUCUAAUGCAAAAUUAUUUAGUAUAGCCGAGAAACUUAGUCAUGGCACAGAUAAUACCUCUAACCAGUGAUUUGCAACAGCUUGCCAUUGAUGAGUUGGGUGAGGUGCCUUCUCGAAUCGCAGAUGAUUUGGAAGCUCUUAAAUUAUGGAUACAAGCGGAAUCACAUUUACGCGCCCGAACUGAUGAUCAAUUUUUAAUACAGUUCCUACGCGGUUGUAAAUAUAGUUUAGAGAGGGCCAAAGAAAAAAUUGAUUUAUUCUAUUCAUUGAAAAGCAAAUAUCCAUCAAUGUUUGGUCCCACAGAUGUGGAUGAUAUUAAAUUCAGAAGCGUCAACAAUUUAGGAUGCUACAUUGCUUUACCCGAACCCCUGCAUGGAAGUGGUUCUCGAAUUGUGGUAUUUCGUUUCAAUUACAACACUUCGCUAUACAGCAUUGAUGAUGCCUUCCUGCCAGGUUCAGCCAUGCAUGAAGUGAUGAUCUACAAUGAUCCGUAUGCCUGCAUCAAUGGCAUCGUUUACAUUGUGGAUUUUGCAUUGGCCACUGCCAGUCAUUUUCUUCAAUUGACACCCAAUUUUUGUAUGAAAAUUAUAUCGUUUUUCGAAAAUUCCAUGCCGUUUCGCGUAAAACAUAUCUAUUAUUUCAACACCUCUCCUGCUGCUCAACAAUUUCUCAAAGUAUUGUUGCUAUUCUUUUCGGAGAAAAUCAAACAAAGGAUAACGAUUUUGGGUCAAGACAAAAAGGAAUGGGCUCGGCACAUACCAACCGCCUACUUGCCACGUGAUUAUGGCGGUGAGAAUAGCUCUUGUGUGGAGGCGGCCUUGGACUAUAAUAAAAUAUGGGAUUCAUAUCGUGAAUAUUUUAAAGAGAACUCCCAAUAUGGCGUCGAUGAGAGGUUGCGCCAGGGAAAAUCCCUUGAUAUAGAUGACUUAUUUGGCGUUGGGGGUUCUUUUAGAAAACUUGCAGUCGAUUAAUUUAUAAGAAUUUAAAAAUAUAUGUCCAAAAUAAUUCUUAAGGUGAGAAUACAUAAAACGCUUUCUUGACUGGCUUAAGUCAUCGGCUGGCUUAUUUGGAAAAUCACAAAUUAGUGUAGGGCCAAAAUCGAACUUAGUCAACCUAUAACUCCAGAAGAAGCCAGCCGAUGACUUAAGCCAGUCAAAAAAAUGUUUUAUGUAUUCUCACCUUUAUUCUAUUUAAUAGAAUGGAAUUUGAAAUAAACUAUAUUCUAUAGAAGGUGGUAUAAGUUCUUAGAGAACCAAUAACGUACUUUAAAUUCCAGUGAGAACACGGUAUGUUGAAAACCACAUGUUUUCAUUGGUAAUUAAAAACAAGUAAAAAAGCAGUGAAGGUGAGUUUACAUAAAGGCUUUUAUGACUGACUGGAAAAGAACAAAGAAGCGAAGGGCCAAAAUCGAACUAAGUCAACCUAAAAGUCUAAAAGAAGCCAAACUAUAUCUUUGACUGGCUUAAGUCAUCGGCUGGCUUCUUCGUAUAGGAAUAAAGGCAUUUUAGGUUGACUUAGUUCGAUUUCAGUCCAGGCUCUUUUUUUUUCUUUUCGAAGAAACCAGCCGAUAAUU